GUAAACGACGCCAUAUUCCCUAAAAAAAACGAACGUGACAUAUGCUAAAUGAAUUUCUCCAACAAACGUGCCAGGUCUUAUAAGGAUAAAAGUGUGCAAAAAGUAACAAGUCAUAAACAUUAACGCAAAAGCUUCAUAUUAGAACAGCAAAAUUAUAAAUUACCAAAGGACGCGUUAUUAAGAAGAAUAAAUGUUUUGAAUAAAUGAGGAAAUGUACUGGCAAAAUUACAGAAAUGAGACAAUGUGACAAAUGCCCAUAUUCAACAAUUAAUAGGGAUCUAUCACGGCAUUUAAAGAGGCAUAAAGAAGCACUUUAUCCGUGCGAUAUCUGCGAUAUGCCCUUCUUUGCACGUGGUCACCUAAAUGGUCACAAAGAGACGGUGCAUGGAAUUGCACGUGCAUAUGUGCCUCGGAUAUAUAAGUGCAAGAAAUGUGAUUAUGAAACCAAGCAUUGUUCUGAUCAUUCUCGCCACAUGAAAAGACAUGAAAACGCCCCGGACAGUUGUAAAUAUUGUAACAGACCCUUUUUUAAUAUUGAGAAUAUGAAAAGGCAUAUUAGACGUGACCACAAACAAAUAAAACAAAUAAAAGAAGAUUCAAAAUGCAGCAAGAGAGAUAAGCCAUAUGGUAAAGUCACACAUAAAGGAAGUGAGGACGUUACUCUAACACAAAAUAAUCCGCAAGAUGGUAAAGAUACAACUAAAACAAUUGACAAAUUAAAGGAACAAAUCGAGAGACGAAGAAAGAACAGUGAAGUUGAUUUGAAUACUAAUGUUGAAAAAGAUAAUCUACCAUACUCUAGAGAAGCUUACAGUAGCAUUGCAAGUAUGAAUAAAAACAAAGUUUUUGAGUGUAACCGACAAUAUGUAAAAGACAAAACAAUAUCCUGCCGGAAAAGAAAUGAAAAAGAUGAAAGAACACAUACUGACAAGUCAUACAUUGAAAAAGAAAUUGUAUGUGCCAAAGGUAUUCUUCAUAAAAAUGUCGAUGGUGAACUUCUUCAAACAAAGAAAAAAACUAAAACUAAUAGAGAAUUAAGGUUUGUCAGUGGUUCAAAUGCUCAAAAAUUCAAAUUACUGAGUUGCGCGUUUUGUGAAUUUUAUGCUGAAUCAUUAAAGGAAUUACGAGAGCAUUUAGAUGAACAUGAUUAUGACAUGGAUGUUACUGAUCAUUCUGAUAGCGAAAAUGUCUCUGACAAGGAAAUCGUUUGUUUAAAUUUCAGUGUUGAAUCUAUAUCUUGUCUAUCAGAUUCUGAAAUGGUUCCACCCGAACACAACGGUGUUGAAACAAAUUGUAACGUGGACUCUUCGGAAGGUUACGCCAGCGGAAUAGAUUCUAACGUUCAGUCACCAAAGUGUGAUAAUGAUGAGAGUGUUUCUGUUGAUGACACGAGCGAUUCCUUAGACAGUAAUGAUUUAUCCAAUGCAAACGUGUUUAUCGAUAAUGACAGCAACAUGUUUCUGAUAAGGUCAAAGUCAGAAACAAGCAAUGAAUCAACAAGUAAUGCUGACUCUUUCCCCGAUGAAAGGGAUGACAGUGAAGGUGAACAUGAAAAGGAGGAAUGCAAUGACUGUGAUAAUGAGACUAACCAUAUCAAGUAUUCUACUUCAGAGAAAUCAGUGAAGACAACGGAUGCUAUUGGAAAAUCGGAUAUCAGUUUGACCGAUCUAGAGCACGAAAGCGACUACGAAUUCAUAAUGAGACCAUUUGCGUGUUCCAAGUGUAUGUUUACUACAGGUAAUUUAGAACACCUGAAAGUCCACGUGGAAGCUCAUCUUUAUGAUGCUGUAAGAGUUACAAAUGGUGUAGAAAAUGAGAAGAUAAAAUCACAUUUAUCUCGAGUGACGGACCAAUGUACUAGUAAUGUUGUCACGGAUAUUGAAAUUGAAAUGAAUGAUCGAGGCAAACCUGUUGAUGAAGAAAUACGGAACACAACAGACAUUGCUUUACAUGAAGAUAGUUUGUACAGCGAUGACAGCGAUUGUGAUGAUAACACAAAUGCUCAGGAUAUAAACAUUACAAAACAUAGUAAGUCAAUAGGAAGACUUAAAAAGGAAGAUUUUAAGAAAAAUAAAAAGUGUUAUAAAAAACAUACACUUCACGGAAGGACAACUUUCGAAUGUUUGAUUUGUAAUAAAGAUAGUGAUUUUGGAUCUCGAAACGAAAUAAAAGAGCACUUUCGAAACAAGCAUAUAGAACUAAGAGAAAAAGUAUGCAAAACCUGCCAUUAUUGUUCUAAACCGUUUCCGAAGUGAGAACAACUUUCGAAUGUUUGAUAUGUAAUGUAGCUUGUAUUGUUACGUAUCUAAAAUCUGAUACGUUCUACUUUUCUGGUUUGUAUAUAAAGGAUUUUGUAACAUUGGUCAGGAGGAUUGAAUGAUAUUUUUCAAUCUC